AUGAGUAAUACCAAUAAUCAGAAACUUGAUGUCUCGAAUGCUGCUAAUUCCAAUCCUUCUACUGCAUAUAAUACGAUAGUUAAUACUCUUAAAGACAUUUCUGAAAUGGAUCUCAAAUCAGUAUCUCAUCUUUUAUGUACAAUAAGAUACCCACAUAGAAAAAAUGAAGAUCACAUUAUAUCACCUUACUUACAAAAAAAAGCAUUCCAAUAUAUAUCUGAUUCUCUUUACAAACCUGGAAAAUCCCUUGAAUUAUUAAAUAAUCAAAACAAACAACUCAAAAAAGACAAUAAAAAAUUGCAACAAUCUAAAGACUGUAUAACUCAUAAAGUUUGGCAACUUAAUGGUUCUAUUGUACAGUUCAAGCAUAAGCAUCAUCAUCAUAUAUCUCGAAUUUAUGCAGUAGCCAAAUGCCCUCCAGAAUUAAAAGACAAUGAUUUGAAGGCUAUAAUUAGAAAUUUAAUUAAACAAAAUAAAAAAGAAUAUAAUUCAGAUUUUAUUAAACUUAUCAUACAAGUUUCUCAAAUUGGCCAAAUAUCCUUUAACACUGCAGCAGAAAGUAUAAAGAUAAUUUUUAAUUUUUUAACUGGGGAUGAAACACAAUUUUGGCUUUGUAUAAAUACUAUCAGCCAUUAG